AAAUUUCCUUUAUGUUCCCUUUUCUUUCAUCUUCAUAACCCUCUUACCCUAAAUUCAUCCAAUUUACUCUCACUUCUUCAAAUUCAAGAACAAGGGAAAAAGGUCAAAAUUUUGAAUUAGGAAUCAGUUGGGUUGUUUUAAUUAUCAUACAUCCUAAUCUGUCGACCUAUCUUUAUUUGCCUUUGUUUCCUAAUCAAGCUAUCAGAAAAAGACCUACAGCAUUUGGAGAAUGGAGUUGCUUUUGACGGAAGAGAAUGGGAAGAAGAGGAGUUUAAUCACUGAUGAGAAUUCUGAGCGAAAGAGAAGGAAGCAAGAACAUAGCAACUAUGGAGAUGGAAUGGCUUGGUUUAGAGGUUCUUUGAUUGGAAAAGGUUGUUUUGGGUCUGUUUUUCUUGCGAAUUUGAAGAAACCCAAAUCCAGAUACAGCUCUUAUCCACCAAUCAUGGCUGUCAAAUCGGCUGAGGUCUCUGUUUCAUCUUCAAUUCAAAAGGAACGAGAGGUUUUGAAUAACAUUCGUGGGUGUCGUAAUGUGAUCAGAUGUUUUGGGGAAGAGAUUACCACCGGUGAGAAUGGUCAGAUGGUGUACAAUUUGCUGCUGGAGUAUGGCUCCGGCGGAACCCUAGCUGAUCUCAUCAAGAAAUCCGAUGGGAAUGGGUUGCCGGAAUUUGAUGCUAGACGUCAUACUAGGUCAAUUCUUCGUGGGUUACGUCAUAUUCAUCAUUGUGGCUAUGUUCAUUGCGAUUUGAAACCUGAAAAUAUCUUGCUCGUCGCAAGUUCUGUCGAUGGUGGUUUUACGGCCAAGAUUGGUGAUCUGGGAUUAGCAAAGAGGGCAAAGCAGAGCAAGAAGAGCAAGUCGGUGUCUUAUUGGAGAGGAACUCCGAUGUACUUUUCGCCGGAAGUUGUGAUCGACGGUGUCCAAGAGCCUCCUUCUGAUAUCUGGACAAUUGGGUGUGUUUUGCUUGAGAUGUUAACUGGGAAACCACCAUGGGAUUCGAAACCGGAAACCAACGGCGACGAGAUUCUAUCUCGUAUCGGUGAAAACAACGAAUCUCCUUCCAUUCCCACCACUAUAUCAAGAGAAGCAAGGAGUUUCUUGAAGGGUUGUUUCUCUAGAAAAGCUAUGUACAGAUGGACGGCGGAGAUGCUGUUAGCUCAUCCGUUCCUAGAAGGUAUUGGUGACGAUGAAGAUGAUGAUCAUAAAGUCGAAGAACCAGAGGUUUUGGACAUAAAUGCCAUCAGUUCAUCGAUGAUGUCUGAAAGUGAGGAUGAUGAUGAGAUCAGUUUCUCAUCUUUUUCAGAUGGGUCCGAAGAAGAGCUCUAUUUUUGGUCUGAAGAAGAUGCUGACGGUAUGGAAAACGAGAUAAGUUCUUGCUUUUCUGUAGAAGAGAGUUUGAAAGCAGAUCGAAGUACGACCGCCCCAUUGAAUGAAGUACAUCAAUACCCUAUUAGCUUUACCAUUUCUUCAGGAGUUUAGCAUUAAUGGUUGUGAGAUUUUAGGUAAUUACAUAGUGAUUGCAUCAUACUUUCCUUAAUUAGCAAUAUUCGAGAUAUAGAUUACACUGAUCUUUGCUUCUUGAUGGUAUCAUUCGUUCAAAUUCGAUUCAUUCUUUGUGUCAUCAUCUGCAUCAUUUAAUGUGGGAAUACGGAUGUUGUCUUUGUUUUUCUUUUUGUAUCAGAUAAACUAUGGAUUUCGGUCUUCGUUAUU